GUACAGGAGGGCGUCUCAUAAUCGUUCGCACGUUUGUUUUCUCUCUUGCAGCGGUUCCCUGACUCGCAGCCCCAGACGCCUCACCGGGGUUUGUUCCUUCUGCUGCUUCUGCUCUGGGGGGCCGGGCUCGCUACGCCCACCAGCCUCGUCGGAGGGCUUUGAAUGAGCUACAAGCCGUGCGAAACGCCCCCUCCCCCCCAUUUGCUUCAAUGGAAAUCAGCCGUGGGGAAAGUAAAUUCCCCCCUUUAACUUGUUUCACUGGUACCACAGGCUGGUCGCAAUGGUCACCGGGGUCACCUAUGAAAAUGGGACCUACCAGUACGCCAUGGACAUCCGGCUGGACGGCGUGAGGAUCGGACGCUACAGCAGUGACACAAGGGAGGUCACGCCCAUGCUACCCUGGCUGGGGCGGGCCCUGGGCUCCAAGUAUCUCCAGGAAAGGACCAAAGAGUUCCAGGCACACGAGCAGCGGCUCAAAGAAAUGAUCGGCUGGUGCAUGCAGCAGGACAGCCAGAGGGGCGGGAUUCACACAGGCCAGGUCCACAUUCACUGUUCUCUGAGCGACCAGGCCCCCGUGGCCCCGCGGUUCCAGUUCGCCUACGACGGGCAGGACCUCAUCAGCUUCGACAACCAGACGGGGACGUGGGUGGCGGACGUGCCCGUGGCCUCACAGCUGAAGCAGAUCUGGGAGAAGGAAUCGACGUGGACUCAGUACGUCCAGUUUUUCAUGCGGGACGACUGCCUGCAGACCCUGCGGAGCCUGGUGCAGCUGAGACAGUGGGUCCUACUGUCGCCGGUGCUCCCCGAGGUCUCGGUGUCCCUCAGAGAUGCUCCCCAUGGCCCCGUCACCCUCUCCUGCCGCGCCAGCGGCUUCCACCCGCGUCCCAUCCACCUCUCCUGGGUGCGGGACGGAGGCGACGUCCUGGCGGAGACGAGCUCCAGCGGGAUCCUGCCCCUCGCCGACGGCACCUACCACACCCAGUCGUCCCUGGAGAUCGGCCCGCGGCCGGACGGGCCCCGCUACGCCUGCCGGGUGGAGCACAGCAGCCUGCCUGCGCCCGCCCUCGUCUGGG